CGAAAGCCAUUUUGCUCCGCGUCGGCGAAGUCGACGGCUCCCCUCUCUGAGUGAUCCGAGAUUGUAGUCCCCUAACGCCGAUGCCGGCCGUUCGAGAGUGCCCCAUGACGCCCUGCGCGCCCCGGCGUCACCACUUGGUCGUGCAACCGACGACCCCGAUGCACGAAGGCGGCGGAGACGACGACCAACAAUCGAGCAUGCACUUGUCCCCGAAGACGCUGUUCCGCGAAGCAAGCGACGCCGAUUCGCGCAUGCUGGACUCGUCCCCUCCUUCGUCUUCCAGCGACCUGAACAGCUCGACGGACUCCGGAGUCGUGCGGUCGCUGGAACGGUCGCCCUCGGUUCCCGUUCAGAUGGUGAUGCCCGUGCCUCGUCAGGAGACGCCGCCUUACAAGCGCAUCAGGGCCCUGCGACUCUUCGGCUCUCCCCAGACUCCCAAGACCCUGUUGCAGCAUGCCGAGGCGCCCAGUACCGUUCACGUCAGCCGGCAGCGACUCAGCCAGUACGUCAAGCCAGUUCAGACGGCGGCGUUGGCCAACGUGAACCCGUUCUCGCCUCUGCAGACCACCCCGCCACCAGAACCGAGACCGAAGCGACCCAGAAAGUCGCUACAGCGUGACAGAACUCCCGAGGGUGGGACCGCUGAGGACCUGUGGGAAUGCUAUGAUGAAGAAAUGGUGCAGGAUCGCAUUGUUAAGGCGCAGCGCAUCACGCGGAUGGAGCCCGGCCAGUCGCGCUACGAGACCGAGUUCCUCGAGCUGAACGAGGUGGGCAGUGGCGAGUUUGGCAGCGUGUACAAGUGCCUGCACCGACUGGACGGAUGCGUCUACGCCAUCAAGAAGUCUCGCAAGCCCAUGCGAGGCACCCAGGAUGAAAAGACUGCCCUGAAUGAAGUGUACGCGCACGCGGUGUUGGGCCAGCAUCCGCACGUCGUCCGCUACUACUCGGCCUGGGCCGAGAACGACCACAUGAUCAUCCAGAAUGAGUUUUGUAAUGAGGGCAGCCUGGCAGAUGCCAUCCAGCGUAAUGCGCGCGAGGGCAAGCACUUCUCGGAGAAGGAGCUGCGGAGAAUCCUCCUCCACGUGGCCGAGGGCCUCCGAUACAUCCACUCCCAGAACCUCGUCCACAUGGACAUCAAGCCAGGGAACAUCUUCAUCUCGAGGGUUCCGAUUUCUACGCUUCCUGAGAGCCAAGACGACGGUUUCGACUCCGGUUCGGAGGGCCCGACUGAAGAAGUUGUCUACAAGAUUGGUGACCUGGGUCAUGUGACCUCAACCAAGAACCCCCAAGUGGAAGAAGGUGACUGCCGGUACCUCUCGAAAGAAGUGCUACGUGAAGACUAUUCGAACCUCCCCAAGGCAGACAUCUUUGCCCUAGGCCUUACAGUCUUUGAAGCGGGUGGCGGCGGUCCUUUGCCCAAGAAUGGUCAGGACUGGGUCGCUAUCCGAAAGGGGAACCUGCCGACGCUUGAACAAUGUUCACCAGAAUUCAACCAACUUCUCACUGAGAUGAUCCAGAAAGUGGCGACCCAACGACCCUCCGCGAGCUCUCUCCUCCACCAUCCUGUGUUGGUCCCCAACGCCACCAAGUCGCGAGCGCAGCUCCGGAAGGAACUGAAUGCCGAGCGCUUCAAGAACGAGCUCCUCUCCAAGAAACUGGAAGAGGCCUCCAUGUGCCUGCAGUCCCUGCCCGUCGUCCACUCGUCGUCCACGCAGACCAGCCGCGCCCAACGGUUCGUCGGCAAGAAGGCCAACCGGAGCCACAGCGUGACCAACUUCUGAAGUCGAGGCGACAGCACCGAAAACGCGCGACUGUAAAAAAUAACCGCGUCUCGCUCGCCCGCCUUCCUCUCCAUUCCUGUUCCACGUCCCUCCAUCGUGCUCCUGUCGACGCAAUCGAGUUCAAGCGACCGCACGCUUUCCUCGUCUCACCAAAUCAUUCCCAGUGGUACCUGUUCUCCGUGUUUUUCCAGGCGGGAUGGACUUGCCGGUUGUGCCUAACUUAAAGAUUUCGCGAAGCUACGGAACGAGACUGUGAUCGAGACAACAGUCAAGACAAGACAAGCCACAAAGUACGGACAGUUGAUGACGCGAUCGUGGCGGAAACCCCGAAAAGUGGACAUUUUUUUUUACAUUGUAAACAUUUUUCAUGUAGUCCUACUCCAGAUCUCAUGUGGUUUUGCCCCUUCUUGUUCAUGAAGGAGUGAAUGGUUUGUUCCUCGAAGAUUUUAUGUUUUAAAACUUUUUUUAGAGUGUUUAUGUAAUGCGCAGAGUUGCACUUUGUUUUUUUUUUAAAGGAAAGUUUAUAAAUGAUGCCAAGAGAAAGUGCCUUUGUGCGAAGGGCUGUCCGUGCCAUAAGUUAUUGCGAGUAAUUUUAUAAUUGACCUAGCAUUCUGUGCUAUGUAAAUAAAAGUGUAGUCAGUGACACACAUCUUCUUAUCGGUGACGACAUUGUGUAUAGGUAUUAUGCCGUUUUAUCUGUCAUCUCUGAGAAUAAAGAGAUUUUAUUGAUCAUUA